CGUCUCUACGUCAUUACGCAGGCUGAGCAGGGAGGCUAGCUAAAGCUGUCGGCUCCCGUCAUUGUAAACAUGUAGCCGUCUCCCCGUUUUGCCAUGAAGCGGUAAUUCCUUUUUUAUACCCAUACUGCCAUCAGUCAGAAUAACGAUGGGUGAGUUGCCGAAACGAGCGGUUUUGGACCCGGAGCAGAGCGGCGCUGACGGUGAAUAGCUCAUACCGUGUUUGUAUGGAGCUGGCCUUGCUAUUUCGAACAGCUACCGAGGAUAGGCAAACAAAAGAAGAAUGGCUUGUAAUGUUAUCUAAGAGGAAUACAUAAAGAAGUGGAAACAUGAGAAAUUCUCGGAGUUCUGGUGCCUCGUCACCUGUGAAUGGGAAACAAGGUAAGACUGAGCGCUGUUCCUGCUGCUGACUUCGCCUCCAUGUCUGCACGACUGUGUUUACUUACCUUUAGCUUUUUAAUACAACCAAUACUGACAAACAUGAGAGUUAACACAGGCUUCCUAAACAUUGUGUGUCCUGUGCUGCAGACUGGGACACCAGACGAAAGAGGAAAAUCGCGGACAUCACACAGGCCCUCAGUGUGAGUCCGGUGGAUGUAGCAGCUCUGAGGAGGAUGGCAAUUAGCGAAGGAGGACUGCUGACUGAUGAGAUCCGCUGUCAGGUCUGGCCACGGCUCCUCAAUGUCCCCCAGGAGAUCCUGGACCAAGAGCCAGGUAUCACAAACAAGCUGCAUGCGUACAUAAGUACAGUUACACUAUACAUGGCAGCCUAUAUUACCACACAGAGACUCAGACAGUGGUGGACAAAGAGUAGGGCUACUUUUCUUGAGUCAAACUCAAAUAGGGGAGACUGGGGUAAGUUGACCCCCUGUUGCUUGGAAAUGGUCAAAGAAAUUGAUCAUGUGACCAAAUAUUUAGGAGAUGAGCAUCAAUUCAUGGAGUCUGUGAAGGUUAGAAGCACAUGGGUGAAGGGGUUAGACAUUUAUUUACAGUAAAUACAUUUUAUAAUAAUAAUAACUUUAUUUGUUUACAAAGUGCUUUGACAUGUUGUCAUGGGGGAAUAGGAAAAAGACACAUAAAAACAAAAAGCUCAGUUAAAACGGAAUUGAAUGCCAUUUUCAUGUCAUAAGGAACCCAGACAGUACAAGAACCAUGCAACGUAAAAUGAGACCAAGAGGACCAAAAUAAAAACAUAAAAUAGGUAAGAAAAAAGGAAAAUGCAAUUAAAAGGGGGGAUGAAAGUAGAAACAGGAUAGUAAAAAUAAAAAGCAAUAUCAUCAGUGAUAAUAAAAUAAUAACAGGUAAUACUGAUGAUAAUAAUUUUCACUCUUGAUUAAUUUAGUCUGUUAUAAGUAUUAUUAGAAAUGUGUUCGGACCAAAAAAGAUCAUUUUAAAUUAGUUUUAAACAUCAAUUGUGGUAUCUAUGAGCUACUAAGAAAGUCACAACAGUAGUUCUGGGGUAAGUUGAGCCAUUUGGCCAGGGGUAAGGGGUAAGGAGUUUCAGUUCAGAUUGUUGAAACGUGUUACUUUUUCUUUUCAUAAAUACAGCUGUGGAUGUUCUGAAUCACUUAAAGACAUUCUCAUGUUAAAAUGGCUUUUUACAAAACAGCUUUUUAGCAGUUAUAUGCAAUAAUAAUAAAAAGAAUUAUUGUAGCAGUUGAAUAGCAUAUAAUAGAUAAAAAUACACAUGAAUGUGAAGAAGUGACUGUUAUUUAGGUAGAGAGAAGAUGAGGGAGGGCUGGGGUUGAGAGUUGGGGGUUAGUAGGGAUACGGCUCAACUUACCCUGCUCCUAUGGUCAAUUUACCCCAUACAGUUGACCAUAGAAGACCACUUUUUUGGCAUGCUAUAUUAUCAAGACAGUUGUGUUUACACUCAUUGUGUUGGUUUGCAGGGAUGAACAGCAUCUUGAAAUAAAAGCAGAUACACGAGUUAGAGACAAAACUAUGAUUGCCUUAAUGUAGUGAUCUGAAAUAUGAAAAAUGCCUCAUCUUACUCCACUCCCCCCUAUCGCUCUAAAACAAGCGAAACAUGCUCAGUUAGAUUAUUACUUUUUUCAAAGGUAGCCUAAAGCAUACUGUCACAAUGCCUGAGUGCCUUUGAGAACACAUGGGUGGGUUAUGAUUAUUAUGUAAACAUUUUUAUUUUUGAAACUCACAUGCUGUGAAUUUAAAGACUCGGAGAUUGAAAAUAACAGGAACUACUUAUCAGGGAACAAAAACAGCAACUGAGCAUGUACAACUUGGUUCAAAAUGUUUGUAGGGAAUAAAAAAGUGUUCAGCUACAAACCUGGACUUGUCUCUCACUGUAGACAGGGAAUUUUUUAGUCUGUGAAACCAAUACAAUCCAUUCUUCAUAUAAAAAAAUCAAACAUUGGCAAAAGGUAUAAAAUAAACUGCCUGAUCUGACUGUUUGCUCUGUUUUUGCUCUGUAUUCAACAAGGGAAAUGUGUAGGUACAGCAGCACCACCUAGACAAACCUCAGGCCAAACUACACAAGCACAGUUUAGUCUUUCAAGUGGGAUUUAAAAAAAAAAAGAUCUGCUGAUUCAUCAGCUGACUUAGUUAUGAAACGCUCACAGACAUGUAGUAGAGUCAAAAGCUCAAUAUUUGUCUUGCAAAUGUAGUGCCGUAUAAGUAAACCGAAAUAAGAAUGCUCAAGUAGAGCACAGAUACUCAAAAAACACACUUAAGCACAGUUUUGAAGUAAAUGUACUUUGUCUCUGCUCACCACUGGCCUCUGCAGGUGCACACUCUCCCACAGUGUUUGACUCUUUGUAUGAUAAACCUUUUUGUGACAUGUCUUAUCCAGAAAAGGUAGAGCGGGAGAAUAACAAGGACUACAACCAGGUGUUGCUGGAUGUCCAGCGCUCACUACGGAGGUUCCCACCUGGUGAGUCAAACCUCUACUUGAUUGAUUAUGUGACAGCGUGCUACAAAAAACAGCCUUUUUGUCAUUGUCCAGAGCAAGAUACUCUGUUGGUUGUGCAACUAUUUGUUGUGUUCCUUCUACAAAUAACUAAGUUCAGUGAAGAUAACCUAAACUUAUAGCCUACAUGACGCAAUGCAACUCAGAGUUGGAGCUUUGCUGUUUGUCAGUGUCUGCUCUAAGAGUUAUGUCUGCUGAUAAGAUACUGACCUAAUCCAUAAAGAGUACUAUGGGAGUGCAGCCGUAGUUUGCACUCUGCACUUCAAUGAUCUCUCAGCCAGUAUUAUCAGCACACACAGCCUGAUUAUGGUUCAUGAAAAUGGUUUAUUUUGUAACACUUUUACAAAGUCCAACCAAACUACGACUUAACGUCUUAUAAAAGCAUGUUAUUAGAGUGUAUUUAUUGUCACAUUGAUCAUCAGAGUCAAAGUCCACUUGAACUGUCACUCAUUUUGUUUGGACUCGUCCAGGAAUGCCAGAUGAGCAGAGAGAGGGUCUCCAGGAAGAGCUCAUCGACAUCAUCCUCCUCGUUCUCAAGCGUAAUCCCCAGCUGCACUACUACCAAGGAUACCAUGACAUUGUUGUCACCUUCCUAUUGGUCCUGGGAGAGCGACUCGCGACUGCUCUUGUGGAAAAGCUCUCCACGCAUCAUCUCAGGUGCUUCUGUUGCAGCUUUUUCGUUUGUUUUUCAGCUCAUGUCUUUUUUUUUCCCCUCACAGUUUUCACAAAAUAAAACACAACCUUCAGCCACCUCUAAUUCAACCUUCGUCAGUAACAGCUUAUCAAAAAGCAUCUGUUUGAUCCCCCUAUUUUUUUUUUGUUUGCAGGGACUUCAUGGAUCCUACAAUGGACAACACAAAACACAUCCUGAACUACCUGAUGCCAAUCAUUGAGAGGGUUAAUCCUGAAGUGCAUGACUUCAUGCAACAGUAAGACACUCCUCGGUUUGAUUUAUAAAAGUUAUUUUAAAAUCGAUUUCAGUUUUGACCGUGAGCAAUACAGGUUACUUGAAAAGGGGGAUUUAUCUGCUUUGAGUUGCGAGUUAAGACAUCUUUCCUUGAAACAGCGAUCGAUAAAUGUUAAAGGGCCCCAGACCAAUGCAGCGGUACUUAUGAUCCAGGAUAUCCAAACUUUUCCAGGGGGUAAAUAGGGAGGGUAGCAAGGUUUUCUCGGCAGACUGAAAUACUAAAUCUUCUGCGUUAGUGAGCAUUAUUUCAUGUUUUCAUAGUUUUUCUGACUGUAUUCUCUGGCUCUGUCACAUAACUGUAACAUUAUCGAUCUUUAUAGUUUUAAAAAAGGCUGAGAUCAGUGAUACACUUUAGCAUGCCCACUUCAAAAGUCCAACGGUUUAAGUCAAGGAGAAGGAUUAGCAGGCUUACGGUGAACUGAUCCUAUUAUGAGUUUCCCUUGUAAGGACUUUACGGUAUAGGUCAUACAGAGAGCUGCUUGGUAGGCUGAAAUAACCGUUAAGUCUGUAUCUUGGAUGGAAUAAUGUCAUGUUUUUCUAAAGUGGAGUUAAGUCUCACUGCGAAGUUUGAUGUAUGUUGAUGUCUUCUGUGCAUUGAUUGGUUCUCAGAGCGGAGGUAGGUACAGUCUUCGCCCUCAGUUGGCUCAUCACCUGGUUUGGUCACGUCCUGUCAGACUUCCGCCAUGUAGUCCGGUUGUAUGACUUCUUCCUGGCCUGCCACCCAUUGAUGCCCAUCUACUUUGCUGCUGUGGUGAGCUUAAAAUCAAAUGCAUUUUAGCAAAACUGGUCCUCCCAGCAUUGUCAUUUUACACCGUUACAUCUGUACGUAUCCGUUUUACUGUUGUGUUGCAGAUCGUACUGUACAGAGAAGAAGAGGUGCUGGAUUGUGAAUGCGACAUGGCCAUGGUUCACCACCUGCUGUCUCAGAUUCCUCAGGAUCUGCCCUACGAGACCCUCAUCAGCAGAGCAGGAGACCUCUUUGUCCAGUUCCCUCCCUCUGAGCUGGCCAAAGAGGCUGCCUCACAUGAAAAGUAAUUUCCUCCUCUCGGUUACCAUAACAGCAGCAUGUCCAUUUGCCAUUAUCACACUGAUGGAAGUGAUCUAAGGCAGACCUCGACUUGAGUUUAGUUUGUGUCUCGGUACUGUAUUUGUAAAAGACAGACAUAAAAGGGUUUUAUGGUGCUGUGAGGUGUAGCUGUGAACUCAUUCUGGGUCCGGUAAGAAGAACUUUGUUUUCUUUACUUUUGGCGGCCUCUUCUUGUCACCCAUACAAACAUAUACAGCCCACACAAGUAACCCAAUGAGGGCAAUAGCUGCUGAAAAGUGUCAAGACUUAAGCUUCAUGAGAUAAAGCAAAACAAACAGAGCAAAAAUAAACACAAGAGGUUCCUGCAGUUACACUCUUAACCUUUGAGUGGUGAGGCUAUUUUCAUAAAAAUGCACAAUAUGUAUAUUUUUCAUACUGAUCUUCUUCAGUCUUAAUCUUACUUCUCAUUAACUCUGUUGAUGCACUUCCCUGUCAUUAACAGUCAUCUUCUUGCUCUCUCUGUGCGUCCACCUCUUUCUCUUCUCAGCAUGGCAUCCUCUACCUUUAAGGACUUUGACCUCGCCUCCACCCAGCAGAGACCAGACUCUGUCCUCCGCCGACGCCGCAGACAAAAACAGGCUGCGCUGGAGAGUGCCGCGGCAGCGAGCUCCUCGGUGGCAGUGGCCCAACCUUCGGCGGCACGGCGGUUUGUCCGACUGGCAGUCAUGGGCCUGACGGUGGCGUUAGGAGCAGCAGCUCUGGCUGUGGUCAACACGGCCCUGGAGUGGGCCCCCAAGCUGGACCUGUUUCCGUGAUCUUCUGCCCUUGACUAAAUCAAGAGGAUGGGUCUGUUUCCAAGAACCCUUUAACGAACUAAACCACAAACCAUGCAGUCGAUUACACUGUCUGGAGUGUUCUUUCUAAACUGAAACAGUUAACGCUCCACUUUCCUCCUCAGAGAUGUGCCCAGACAUCCUGCAGGGGCUUCUUUUUAUGACUCCUGAAGAAGCUGCACCAAUGUAAAAGCAACAAUUGCUAGUGUCCUGAAAUGAAGAAUCCAUAAUAUGAAUAUAAUAAGGAAACUGUAUUUCUAAGAACUAUUACUGAUGGUGUCGUUAUGAAAGUUAAUUUAUAUUUGGUUUUAGGAUAAUCGGAUAUCAAGUUCUGCUCACAGAGAUUUAUGCUGAAAGCUUGUUGGUAUUAUUACACUUGAAACUGCUGCCAAUUAGGAGCGCUAGUGUGACUGUAUGAGUGAGCGCGUGUGUGAGUGUGAGUGUGUGUUUGUUUGUUUGUUAUCUAUUUGUUAUCUGGACUGAGACCAAAUAGAGGAUGAGUAACAGUCCUCUCUUUGUAUUUCUUAUAAAUAGUCAGGAAGCAGCCGUAGAGCGAUAUGGUCAUGAAACAAAGACACUUUUUAUGACCUUUUUAGAAUUUUUUUCCAUUUCAGUUGUUUUAAAUAAGAGGCUCUUCCAGUCAAGAGAAAAAUCUCUCUUUCUGGGGUCAGUUAUAUAUUUAUUCUGGCUCAUUUUUUGGGUCAGUAAAACUUGACUGUAAGAAGUUUUGAACAAAAUGUUGAUGGUGUUUUGAAGUACAUACAUGUGUAGCCUCCUUAAGACAAGAGUACACCUUCCAUAAUGCUUGAAGUAAAAACCCAUCAGAGUGAAUUUGUUUUAUUCACAUUACCCGACCACUCUUUCCUUAAACCGUUGGGUUGCAGCAUCUUAAAACUGUGUCUGUGUUUCAUGGCCCCAAAAGAACUGUCACUUUUGUCACUUCUUUUGAGUUGAUGGUUAAAUCUCUUCAUAACUCAGCAACACUAACUCACUCAAUGCCUGCUUACAGGAGCGACAAUAUCGGAGCGAGGGUGAAUGGUGGUUUUUGUGUUUGCACAGUGGGGGACCCGUUUUGUACUGACUGCACCUAGUUUUGCUUUAUAACUCUGAAUUUAGUCUGGUGGGUACGGAAGCGUAUUGCAUUCACUUACAAAAAAAAAGGAAACUUUUUUUUUGAGUUUAAAAAAAAAAAAAAUCUGUUUUUCAGAAUGUUUUAUUUUGUAUUGUUUUUCUGACUAUUUUUUAUACUAAUAUUUUCUCCCCCUCUUUCUGUUUUUCAGGCAGGUUUUUUUCUUUCUGUUUUUUUUGUACUAAUAUUUUUUGCCCCUCUUUCUGUCAGUCAGACUGUUUUUUUUCUUCUGUGUCUUUCUGACAUUUUUUUUUCUUCUGUUUUUCAGACUAUUUUUUUCUGGUUUUUUGUACUAAUAUCCCCCCCUCCAUAAAUCAGUGAUCAUGAAAACAAAAAAAGUCUGAAAAACAGAAAAAUUAGUCUAAAAAACAGAAAUCUGGAAAAAUUUGAAAAGUAAAGAACAGAAAAAAAUGAAAUUACUCUGAAAAACAAAAAAGAAAAAAAAAUACUCUGAAAAACAGAACCCCUUUUUCUUUUUUCGGUGAAUGCUAUAUGCUUUCGUAGGUGGGGGCUCUGCUCACUCUCUCAGACAGAAAAAACACUCAAGCCUUCAGAACUCUUUUUUUUUUUCACUGCUUCGUUUCAAUCUCUGUUUGUAUACACGUUAUAUAAUUAACCUGAUUGAUUUGAGAAUAGCAUUUCAAGUCCAAGUGCGGUCCAGCUCAUUCCAGUGUUCACUUAUUUCAUGUUAAGAAAAAUAGAGGAUUUCCUGGUUGGUAUUUUUACUCACCUGAAUAGUCGAGUAUUACAGGAUAAAACACAGCGAUUAGUUUGUCAGCGCACUUCUGUCUUAGAUAGAAUUCUGUCACUUUUGUCACUUCUUUUGAGUUGAUGGUUAAAUCUCUUCAUAACUCAGCAACACUAACUCACUCAAUGCCUGCUUUCAGGAAAUAUCAGAGCGAGGAUGAAUGGUGGUUUUUGUGUUUGCACAGUGGGGGACCCGUUUUGUACUGACUGCACCUAGUUUUGCUUUAUAACUCUGAAUUUAUCUGAUACGGGAUGUGAAAACUAUCAAAUGAAGGUUUUUGGUUACAUGACCUCUGAGGUGCCUGAGAAUCCAAAUCUUCAGCAGUAUUGUCACAAACCAUGUAUCUGCAUCUGGUGGUUUUCAUUUAUUUUCAUUGCACUAAAAGAUUUAUCUGCCUUUUAUGUUUAUUUUGUUAUAAUAAAUCUGUCUUACUAAUGUAAAGUUGUACAAGAAAAUGCUAAUAAACUAGAGUCAAAUGUUUGUACAUUA